AAAGCGCAUUUAAUACAGCUUUAAUUCAUGUAGCCUGCACGUGACGUGUGCAACCUCCCUAGAGAAAGAGAGAGCGAGUUCAGGCUCUGUGCAGAGCUUGUGAAUGACAGUAGAUGGAUGUGGUGGACCAAAUGAAUGGACCUAGGAAGAAGACUCCUCUUGGAAAGCAAAUGUCGACAAGUCACAAUGAUGGAAAAUUUUAAUGGAACAUCCAGGGCGUCGAGUCCUCUUUUUUUGCACGAGGAGAGGUUAUUGCACCUGGAGGCCAAAGCAGGGUUGUCACUGCAGUGAGAGAAGUGCUGUCGUCCAAGAAGCUUUGAGUAGCGUUGCCUCACAAUGGCUCACCGGAGGCCCAAUUCGGACCAUCGAAGCGAUGAGAAAAGACUCCUAGUGGGCAACAAGCUCCCCGUAUCCGGCAGCGGUGGCAACAUCAAGGACAAGAUCUCGCUUUGGGAAGGAAAAGAACCAUCACAGUCAUCCUCUGUAGGCUUGAAAGCUGCAGGUGAGCAGAGUGAGAUGGAAAGUGUCAAGAAAGUGCAAGGUAUGAAAAUGCAUCACGAUAAAGACAACAUGGGUGAGGAAUCGAUGCCACCGGUUGAGAAAGAGCAAACCGGGGAGGAAUGCAAUCGAGCCUACGAGGAACAGAAAGAAAACGUGGAAACGUUUGAUUUAAGGCCUCGUUCGCCUCCGCCGAAGGACCAGUUAAAGACAUCGACCGUGACAAAAACAUUACAACAAAGCAACGAAGAUAAGAAGGCAGUAUUCACACUUUUUAAAAAGCUGGACGCCAUGGGGGCGAAUCACGGGAAGACUCCGCCGGAGCUCGGGAACUACUUCAGUCCGCCGAGCAAGCAAAAACAAGUGGAGGGGAAGAGGAAAGACAACGCGUCUCCCCCUGUGAACCCGCUGCCCAAACCCAAGCGCACCUUCCAGCAUCCUGCUCCUAAAGGGCAGCGCAACCUUCCCCCGCUACCCAAAACAGGCACGAGGCCUUUGCCUGCUGCUGACAAGGGACGACAAAACCACCACGACAGGAAAACACUCGAGCAUGAAGACAUUCCAGCUUCGAAGCGCUCACUGACUCUGGAGCAUCACUACGAAGACAUACUGGACAAAGAGAACCCGUAUGAGGACAUCGAGUUGGAGAGUCAAUGCUCCCAGCAGUCUUCUUUGCCCUCCUCUCCUGGUGCUGACACAAGCAAGGCUUCAAGGCCCGGCUUUUUUAGGCAGAAUUCCGGUCGGAGUUUCAAGCUGCUGGACCUGCGUCGGGGUCACCGGCUGAGCGGCGGUGUUGCUUCCCCAUCCCAGCUCAGUCCCCCGUCAACCCCGACUGGUAGCCCGUGCUCAUUCUCGGCCCCCUGCAGCCGCACCCAUCGCAAGAUACCAACGGUGGUCCUGAGGAUCAACAGCAUCUUUGAGGCUCGGAUCGGGAAAAAACAUCUACGCAGGAUUUAUCAUUAUGCCGAGACCAGCUCAGGGAGAGUAACCGACGAAAACAGUGAUUCCGAGAUUGACCUUGAAGAACGAGCCAAAGCCCACCAGCAAAGGCUGGUCUCGGUGCAGUCCAUAUUGAGCCCACCGAGCCACACUGGGCUCCAGUGCAACAGUACCAAAACCAGAAACUCGGACAACAAUCACCACCGGCGGCUCUUUGAGUACUUCCUGGUUGUGUCUCUCCAGAAGGCCAAAACCGGUGGCCAUUAUGUCCCUGAAGUCACACAGCAGUUCCCGCCAAAGCUGGAACGAAACCUCAAAUUCUUGCGGGAGACUGAGGAUCAGCUUAAGAUGAUUCCCAAAUUUUGUUUCCCGGAUGCGAAAGACUGGGAGCCGGCAGACAGCUACCCGAGUGAGAUGUUCUCGUUCGCAUUGACCGGAGAGGAUGGGAGCAGGAGGUUCGGAUACUGCCGCCGUUUACUGCCUAAUGGUCGAGGAAAACGUCUACCAGAAGUCUACUGCAUCGUCAGCCGGCUUGGUUGUUUCAAACUCUUCUCCAAGGUGUUGGAUGAGGUGGAGAGGCGGAGGGCUCUGUCUCCCGCUCUGGUGCAGCCGUUCAUGAGAGCCAUCAUGGAGGCCCAGUUUCCAGCUCCGGGCAGGACCAUCACCGUCAAGACUUUCCUCCCCGGCUCGGGCACGGAGGUGAUGGAGCUUUUUCGACCGUCUGACUCGCAUGUGGAGCACGUGGACUUCGAGUGUCUUUUUUCCUGCCUGAGUGUGAGGCUUCUUCUCAGGGUGUUUGCUUCUGUGCUUCUGGAGCGCAGGGUCGUCUUUACGGCGGAUAAACUCAGUACCUUGUCCCAGUGCUGCCACGCGGUGGUCGCCCUCCUCUACCCGUUCGUGUGGCAGCACACCUACAUCCCCGCGCUCCCCUCUGCCAUGCUGGACGUGGUGUGCACCCCGACCCCUUUCAUCGUGGGCCUGCUGACCGGCUCCUUGCCUCAGCUCAGCGAGCUGCCCCUGGAAGAGGUUCUGGUUGUCAAUCUGGGGAAAAGUCGAUUCCUAAAGCAGAUGGAUGACGAAGACACCAUCCUGCCUUCCAAGCUUCAGUCCGCUCUGGAGAAUGUUUUGGAGAGGAGAAGAGAGCUCGCUGGCGGGGUUGGAGGUGACACCCUCCAUGACCACCUCGGCACUGUUGUGACCGAGGCCUUUGUCCGCUUCUUCGUGGAGCUGGUAGGCCACUAUCCCCUCUUCUUCUUCAGCGAAUGGGAGGACGACGUCUCCUCCGCGCCGUCCGUCCCUUGCGCCUUCCAGCGGGAGGCCUUCCGGAAGGCCAUCCCCUCCAAGACCACGAGGCGCUUCCUGGAGGUCUUCAUGGAGACGCGGAUGUUCGGCUGCUUCGUCCGGGAGAGGGAGCAACACGGGCCCAGUCUGAAUGGGCUUUUUGAAAUGAGGGUGCACGAAUAUCUCGACACCAUCCACGAGAGUGAACACCGGAGGGUUAAUCGGUUUCUCAAAGGUUUAGGGAACAGAAUGAAAUUUUUGUCCAAGAAAUAAUGAUCAAGAAAGGAUGAAGAGUAAAAAUGUAUUAAAAUGAAACGUGUCCUGCUUCAAAGCACUCCAAAUACUUUAUUUAAAAUAAUAAAUGACUGAUUUGUCAUAAUAUC